GACUGAAGUACUUCAGUCACAAGAUAAGUAGGACUGAGAAAAAACAAUUCCUUUCUUUACUCUCUUUUUCAUUCAGCUCGCCAUGACGUUCCAACCUCCUUCCCAAGUGAUUCUCUUGCCUCAGACGCAGCAGCUGAAGGCAUUGACGACCAUUAUCCGCGACAAGAACACGCAGCGUGCGGAUUUCAUCUUUUACUCAGAUCGCAUCAUCCGUAUCUUGGUCGAGGAGGGCUUGAACCACUUGCCUGUUGUCGAGAAGACCGUCAUCACUCCUACUGGUAAGGAGUUCCAUGGUAUCGACUUUCAGGGACGAAUCUGUGGUAUUUCGAUCAUGCGCGCAGGAGAGUCAAUGGAACAGGGUCUCCGCGAUGUCUGCAGAAGUGUUCGCAUUGGCAAGAUUCUGAUCCAGAGAGAUGAGGAGACAGCACUGCCCAAGAUGUACUACGCAAAGUUUCCCCCCGAUAUCGCCUCGCGUUACUGCUUGUUGUUGGACCCCAUGCUCGCAACUGGAGGUUCGGCUAUCAAGGCUAUCGAGACGUUGAUUGAUUAUGGAGUAGCCGAGGAGAGGAUCCUCUUCCUGAACUUGAUCUCUUGUCCUGAGGGCAUUAACGCGGUCGUGAAGAGCUUCCCUGCCAUGAAGAUCGUCACUGCCGAGAUCGACGCUGGACUGGACGAGAAGCUGUACAUUGACCCGGGUCUUGGCGAUUUCGGCUGCCGCUACUUCGGAACUGACAAGUAGAAUCCGGACUUUUUUUUUUGUAUUCCAUCAUGUUCAAAGAACCUCCUCUCGACAAUAAAUCGUAUCAUUUCUUAAAA